UUCAAGAUGGCGGCGGCGCUGCAGCGCAUUGUUUCCUCGCUGCCUGCGAGGGGACCGCUACUAGCAUCAGUCGGAGUGCCCGGCACCAGUGUAGUGCAGCUCCAGUGCGUGCGAGGUGCUGCCAAGGGUAACCGUGCCUGCCGCCAGGGUCCCACGGCAAGAGGCCAGAAGCUGAAUGUCUACAUUCACAAUGGCAUGAUUGCGCACAAAGGAGACGUGAUUGUCAAACAGAACCGACUUAGGUUUCACCCGGGACUAAAUGUGGUGUUUGGGCACACUCGACAGACACUGAUCGCCGCCGUUGAGGGACGCGUCAUGCUGACGCGAGAGAAGGUGGACCUGGACUUCAGCCACCCGCGCGUGCAGAAGUUCUACGAAGGGCGAAACACGGAGGCCCUGUACAAGAAGUACUUCCACGUCAUUCCCGAACCCCAGGGACAGACGUUCCGGCUCGUUUCGCAGAUCUAGAAAUUUUGUGGCAAACUAUUAGAGCGUUCAAAGAAUAAAUACGUCUAGUGCAACAUGCA